GCCGAGUAUGCGCAAAGAACUACUGACUUUGACUUAAUUUAGUGUGAAUGGGUGUUGUAAAUUGUGUUAUUUUUAAAGUAAAUAAGGAAUUACUACUAGUAGCUGAUACGUGAUAAUAACUCAAAAAAAUGGGCAACUACGAACUGCAAAGAACAGAUAGCAUUUGUACACCGCCAGAGGUGCAACUCUUAGAAUAUGUUAAAGCGAAUAACAGCGCGAAAAUCCAGAGCUUUGUCAUUGAAAAUCCUAAUUCUGUUAACGUAGUUAUCGGCCACCCCUACGACAAACCGAUCCUUUACAUUGCAUGCUAUGAAUUGGCUAACCAGAUUAGACCCGAAACUAUCGAAAUGCUGGUCAAACUCGGAGCGCCACUACACCACACUGACGAGGUACACAAUCAUAUGCAGGCAGUUCAUUUUGCGACUUUGGGAGGCAAUCCAAAAGCACUAGAGGUAAUAUUGCGCCAUUUGAAACCGGGCGAUAUCAAUUCGUUAACUUCCAACAACAAUUCUGCUCUGAAUUUAGUAGUAAAAGAAGGGGAUUUUGCAAAUGCGCACAACGGCCUAGUCGAAUGCGUGCGGAUGUUGGUACUCGGUGGAAUAAAUGUGAAUACUCCAGACGCCAAAAACCUGUCGCCAAUUUUUUGGGCAGUGAAAAAGGGGUACACGGAUGUUGCGCGUGUUAUACUCUACGAAAGCGGACAAAGUGUUGACAUUGACAGUCACAAACUCAGAGGAAAAUCGGCAAGAGAUUAUAUGAAGGAGAUGAAAAUGAGUGACGCUUUUACUACUCCCAAUAACAACGAAACUGGAACUGUGCACGAUCACCUUUUCCAAUUACUGAAGCAAGGUGACGAAGAUGCCUUUGUCAGCAACGAAUACGCACCGCACGCUGUUAAUGCGGAGGAUGGAACGCAAACUCUUCUUCAGUUGGCCACCAAAAAAGGUUUACUACUUGCUGUAACAUUCUUACUCGAUCAUGGAGCUGACCCCAACAAGACAGCAAAACAAUCACCAUCACCACCAAUCCAAAUAGCAGCGCUUAACGGCUAUCAUAAGGUAUUUAACGUGCUGAUGAAUCGCGCAAACACAAUAAUCCCAAAGAGCACUCUCAUGGACUUACUUAAGCAUGUAGAUAAUGAAGCAAUUACAGAUGAAAUUAACCACAAUUUGUGCUAUGAGCUACUUCUAAAGAGCAAAGCGAAGAGUAUUGAUGUUAAUGAGGGUGAUAAAACAGACAACACGGCUUUACACUAUGCAGCUCGAUAUGGCGGUGCAAGCAGAACACUGGAGCUUCUGAGGAGUGGAGCCUCAAUGGCCUGCACUAAUAAAUACGGUUCCCUUCCAAUUGAAGACAUCGACUGUAACACUUUGGAAACGCAUUUGAAUGAGUGUAUGGAAAUUAAUCUCGAUUCUAACAUAGACAAAGAAAAUUUCACUGCAACAUUUAAUUAUAAAACGUUAAUGCCACCACCCUUGCACGUUGCUGAUAAGGGCAACUACGAUACUGAAACCGCGUGCAAGCUGAUAACUCCGGCGAUCGCCCAGCUAAGCUCUGAAACCAAGGUGAUUUCCUACAUAAGCAAAUCCCCCGAAUUAAAACACCUCCUUAUGCACCCUACCAUUACCAGUUUCCUCUAUAUGAAAUGGCACCGAAUCCGCUGGUUCUUCUACACAAAUCUCACCUUCUACAUCUCAUUCUGUCUCUCGCUCAUCCUCUACAUUCUUCUUGUAUACGGAAACCAAAGCGACGAUCAACACAACGUCCUCGCUUACAUCCUAUCCACAUUUUUAGGCGUCACAUUCGUACUCCUUCUACUUCGCGAGCUAUUCCAAAUAUCAGUCUCGCCAAAAAUGUACUUCCGCCAGCUCGAAAACUGGCUCGAACUGCUACUGCUGACGCUCACCGCCGUCAUACUAUUCGAACGAUCGCCCCAGCAGGACGUACGCAAGCAAGUCGCCGCGAUUACUGUACUCCUGGCCGCCUUUGAAAUGGUCCUCCUGAUCGGGCAGCAUCCGAAAAUGAGCACCAACAUUGUCAUGCUUCGCACCGUAUCUGCGAACUUCUUCAAGUUUCUCCUGUGGUACUCCAUUUUGAUCAUCGCGUUUUCGCUUAGCUUCUACAUUUUGCUGAAAGACGGACCGCAGGAGGAAAAAAAGGAUGGCGGCGACGAAGAGGUGGACUUUUUCGUCAGCCCGGGACUCUCCCUGUUUAAAACCAUUGUAAUGUUAACCGGAGAGUUUGACGCCGGUUCGAUCAACUUUAAUGUCUACCCCGUUACCAGUCACGUUAUCUUUAUGCUCUUUGUUUUUAUGAUCGCGAUUAUAUUGUUUAAUUUACUGAAUGGGUUGGCCGUGAAUGAUACGCAGCUAAUCAAAAGUAAUGCGGAGUUAGUUGGUCAUGUAGCACGUAUUCAACAUAUUGCAUAUAUCGAAAGUAUGCUUCUGGGUAAUGUUGCUCCAGCUGGUAUUAUGAACUGCUGUAAGAAAUACUGUUGCUGCUGCUCGCUGGGCGUGACCAGCAAGUUUUUCGUUCCCAGGACGUUGAAGAGACGGGUGUGUUUGUUUCCGUACUUUCUAAACGAUUACAAGUUGAUGGUGUAUCCUAACCAGUAUGCAAAGAUUGCACUUCCCACUGACGUAUAUUCCGAUUCAGAGAGUGAAACGUGCUUCACACACUGCACAAGCAUUUAUCUUGAUAGACAGACCGCUAAACGAAUCAAGCAUGUCAUAAAAGAUAGAAAGGAAGAAGUCGAGUCUGAAAAGUUGAGAAAUUCAACAAUUCAAAUGCAGAACGAUAUUAUAAGUGAACAGCAGAAGUGUAUUCAAGAAUUAAAGAGAGAUCGACAACUAAUUCUACGCAAACUUGAUUACCUGAUAGGUCAAAUUGGGGUGCACCAAUAACGUUUAUUUUGUGCUGCCUGCGUGUCUUUUGAGAGAAAGAAACGGGACUCAAGGACACAAUCCAGCUCAAUCACUUUUAACGAUUUAUCACAAGCCAUGCAUAGCUCUAAUUUUUUUUCGGUUAAUUCUUCUAAUACUGCAUUUCUCUAAGGCGUUCUCAUACCAUUUCGAUCUCCAUUUUCAAAAUGAACCCAUACAAACUGUGAUAGUUUUUAAGAGAAAUGAUUUCAUUUAUAAUAACUUGACAGUAGGUACCUCUACUUUUCUUCAUCAAUACUGUAAAGCUUGGGUAUACCUUACAUAGUGUGGCUCGCAUGCAUGUAGGCAGAAACAUAAAAACGCAUAUUAGUAUAUAAGACUGAAUCAAUCUAUUACGUAAGUAUAUACCUACAAUUAGAGGAAUAUUUUGUAAAAUGGCGCAAGAAAGCUAGAAUUUCUAAGUUAUUUUCCAUGUUUGCCAGAGUAGGUAGAACUAAUCUGUGUCCACACUUCAAGCGACUAUUGGCAUAGUGCAUUUAAACCUACAUUGUUGGACAUUUUAUUAUAUAAUUAUUUUUUAAAAUUGAGUAAUAAUAACAUUGUGAUUAAUUGUGUUACCAAUACCAUACAGAAUGUGUAUUAUUAUGUAAAAUGAAUUAAUAAAAUUGUUGUUAACUAUU